CCUCCUCCUCUUGCCUGGCACCGUAAAUGUUAUUUAUGAAUGCCUACCGCUCACGGGCGUGUGCACGCAGAUUCGUUAUUAUGUUGUAAUAAUUACAAGACAUUGGACAUUGAUUACCGCCGAUGUUUAGGUUUAUCCCGGAACCCGUUGUGCUCGCGGUGUGUGGUUAAAUCCUGACUUUAAUUCAUUGUGGUCGGUUUGGUGCUGACAGCGGCGGCGGCAGACGGAGCGGUGCUCUUUAAUAAUACUGGGUCAAUACACCGAGUCCGCCGCUGUCUGCCAGCCCGCUGCACCCACCAGAGCCGCUUCACCCCGUCACCCGGAGGUGCAGCCCGAUAAGAUACGUUGCCUGGGGCAACAGCUGACUGACUAUGUCUUUGUGAGAGUGGGCGGGGCUACCUGGCCCUGAGGUGGUAAGGAGGAGGAGUCUCAGACUUCAGCCCUACACCCCUCUCCUCCUGCGACAAACCGAACGGACGGACACACAAACGGGGUGUGGCUCCCUCUUCCUCUUCCUCCUCCCCUCUCCUCCCUGUUCUCUCCCCGUUCUCUUCCCCUCUCCUCUCCGCAACUCUCCCACGUCUCCUCCCUCGGCCCCAUCCCCUGCCACAAUGCUGUGGUUACGCUGCUUGUGGAGAGCCUGAGGAACCAUACUCUGGAAGGCGACCCUGCUCAGCCAGGGGACUUUUCGCUGUCCCUGCUGGACCCGAAAACCCUCGCAGAGUGCUGGCCCCCAGAUGGCUUGAUGCCUGAGAGCAGCUACUGGCAGCUCUGCCCUCCCUCCAAGUCCGGCCUGCAGGGGGGGUUACUAAGCUCUAGUUUCCCCCCCGGCCCCGUGCCCCUUGUGCCCCCAGAUGCUCACCUGCAGGAGGGUGGCGACCCCCUGGAAGGCACCCCCUCUCAGCCGCAGCAGCACCGGCCCCUGGCACCCAGCACCUCAGCAUCCGAGCUGUGCCUCCCUGGAGCGCCGGCAGCCCCUCCCGGCCCUGGGCCCCCUCCACCUCCUCCACCGCCCCCAAAACGGCACUGCCGUUCGCUGUCGGUGCCUGAAGACCUGUCACGCUGCCGCUACACCUGGCGGCCCAGCGCCUCGCGGGUCUGGACCCCUGUCAGUCGCCAGCAGUGCCAUGCGGGAGUCACAGGUGGAGGCUUGGGGGCAGGAGGAGGGGUUAUAGGGGCAGGUGUGGCGGGGGGAGGAGCCUGUCCUCUCCGCGCUCCCAGCUCCUCUCUGAACUCGUCGCUGCACUCCUCAUCCAGCCCCACCUUCUUCAGCCUGGCGCUGUCUCCGGACUCCCCGUUGCCCUGGAGCUUCCCCUGGGAUCCCAGCGAGGCGGCGGCGGGGGGAGGAGCCUGCUGCUGCUUCUUCCCAUCCCCCUCCUCCUGCUCCUCCUCACCCUCCCCCCUCCACCCGCCUCCCCCUCCUCAGAGGCGUUUCUCCCUCUCCCCCGUGCUCAUCAGAGACUCAACGGCCUCCACGUUCCUGCCUCCGCCUCCCGUGCAGAGUCACGCAGCAGCACGUCCACCGAGCUGCUCGGCCAUAGCCGGAGGGACCGUGGGGGGACCCGUGCCCGCCUCACCCUCCUCAGCCUGCAGCACGCCCUCGUCUUUGCGACGCAGUCUACCGCCGCAACUGCCGCGCUGCCACUCGCAGCCCUGUGACCUGCUGCUGCUCAAACCAGGUCUGAAGAGACGCCGCGACCCCGACAGACCCUGCGCUCGACCCGUCCUCGACUUCACCAAGAUGACUCAGACUCGCAGCAUCGACCCGCAGUGUCUGGAGCGCGGCGGCGGCAGGCUGGCCUGCGGUGGUGACGUCUGCAUGGGCAUGGAGUCCUUCAUGGGCGACUUCCGGGGUUCCUGCUCGCCGGCCGAGUGCCUGGGUAGGACCAGCAUCGGGCCGCUGAGCGAGAGCGACGAGGAGUGCCCCGAGGACGAUGACGAGGACGACGGUGAGGAGGAGGCCGGGGAGCGUGAGGCCGCGCAGCAGGCAGUGUUUGAGAGGGAUUGUACAGAACUCGACUUGAACUUGAUAGAAGAAAACUGACUUAUUUGUAAAUGGAAGGCUAUUCUCUGUUUCAGUUUUUUUAAAUUUUAGUUUUGAAUUGAUCUGAACCCCUUCCCCUCUUCCUGGACCACCAUUGUCUCAACACUCCGCGCCUCCUUGCCACCAAUCAGCAAGGCUCUCAGGAACAACACCUUCUCUCAUUGGAUGAGCUGGGGUAAACCAAGCUGAUUGACGACGACAGUAAUGAUGUGACUACCACCUGUAAAGACUCAACGCUGUGGAAUCCUCCUGGCUGCUUUUUAACAUUUGUGCUGUUAGAAAGUUAGUUUUUAAAGUGAGAGUAACUCUGGUCGCCUGUGAUGAGAGGAACGUAUUUAACAAGGAAACCCCUCUUGCAUCUGACCUUCAGUUACCAACAUGAUCAUGCUAACACACCAACAAGCCAUUGUUCAGGUACCUGAAGCCCAGAUGCAGAGUUUUCCCACCUCUGUGACUGGACUCUGUCUGUUGAGGUGCGUCGCGGCGUCCUGGUGUCUUCCAACACACAGCUGCUGAGUCUCUGUAACACACCACAGUCUGAUGAGGCCGUUGCCGCACUGCAGCGCCAAACCUGACACGCCAUCACCACGUCCAACACAAACACCAGACCUCUUAUCCAGAGAGCUGCUUUAAUCUUCAGUCAGGAUUUCAAAGGUUAGUUUACCUAAAUCAAAAGACAUAUUUCCUAUGUUCCCGUUAACUAGUAAUUAAGUCCAACUCAAGAAAUUAUUUCCUAAGUAACAAAGCAAAUCUUAGUUUAAAACUAUCGCAGACCUCAAUAGACCACAUAUAUAUAUAUAUAUAUAUAUAUAUAUAAAAAUGAUCAGAAUCAAUCAUCUUUUAUUGGCACAACUUUAUAACAGUAAAUAAUUCAGACGCUGGUGUCAUAUCAAAACCACUACCGCAAAUAUACCACACACACUAUGUGACCUCAGCGUGGUGAUGCGUUCAGGUCUGCUGCUGUUCUGUGGUGUCAUUUCAUGAGGCCUCACUGAGGGCAGGUAGCCACUGAUGCUGUUGUUCACCUGAGUGUUCACACAUUCCUGUCAUACCCUGUCAUUACACACUGUUCAUUCACUCAAACGUGUGUGUGUGUGUGUGUGUGUGUGUGUGUGUGUGUGUGUGUGUGUGUGUGUGUGUGUGUGUGUGUGUGUGGGUGUGUUUUGUGUGUGUGUGUGUGUGUGUGUGUGUGUGUGUGUGUGUGUGUGUGUGUUCUUAACCCCCCGGUGGUUAGGUACUUGGAGAAAUAUAAACAUGUAAAAAUAACAACUUCUUUCAUUGAACAGAAACUCUCAAAGAUGUUACAUUGUGUCUAAACGCAAAUAGCCUAUAAUAAGUCAACAGGAUUAUGAAUCUGGGCAAACAUUCAAUGCUAACCCUCAGUACUUGACAGUUUUCAAUACUCCAUGUAAUUCAUUUACAAAAAUCAAAUUCUGGUGCUUUUAUUCUCUGUCUGGAUUUAAUCUUGAUGCUGAAGAUGCACAGAACCACCAGGUAUGGAAAUAAUGUCAGGAAAGUUGCCUGAAAAUGCUUGCAGGCUAUGUUUCCUAUUUUCUCCCGUUGUUGCUUGAAACCAAGAACAAAAGCUCUACGUUUAAGGUCUCUGAACCUUUUACAUCGUUUCACUGAGCAUCAAGCUCCACCGCUGCAUAAAGGACCACAUGGCCUGUUUCACAUAUUUUUUAGCUUUUCUACCGAGAAUCAUACUUCACAUUCCUGCUGAUCACUUCAAAUCCUCCGUUACGUUUCAGAUUGAUCAACCUGUAGUGAGAUAAUCCAUCACAGCCAGUGAUUUUAUUUGACUUUGUGGUGAAAAUCUCUUUAGUGAUGCAUUCAAAGACACUCUAACGUCCAAGAGUUGAUGGCCAGCUGAAAAAGCAUCAAAGAAUGAUGAUGCUAGUGAUUCAGACCCAGAAGACAAUCAACAAGUUAACAAGAACAUCAUACUUGAAAAAGAAAAUGUGUGUUGGGUCAUUUCAGUACAGCAGAUGACUCAGAUCAUGUUGAAAUGUCCCUGAAUGCACUACAAAUAGGACAGCUUACGUUUAAAGUGAAUAAAAAACGUAAAGCUGUUUGUAUGUUGACUGUGAUGGAUUAUUGUCAUUUAUAAUUGUGGCAACUUUACUGUUAACAUUUAGUUUGGUUAAACUCAACAGGAGCAAAUUCACUUAGUAAAAGAUUCUUUUUUUUUAGCGAGUUGUUUCAUUCAGAGGGUUUCAGUUUUGUGGUUAUUUCUCUGUCUGUCAGAUUUCUUCCAUCACAUUUAAGGGGGUAAAAAAAAUUACUUUUGAACUGAAAAACAACCUCUUGCACUCUUAAAGGAACUGUUCAACAGUUGAGAAAUACUUUCACAUUUUCUUGAUAGUGUAAUGUUCAGGUGGAUAUCAGUUUCCUGUUUAUGUUGAACUGAAAUUGUUCAAUGCGCUUGUCAAAGCCACCAGACUCCACUGACAAAAACAGCAAUUUAACCUCAGAACAAGGGAGUUGCUGGUCUACCGCUGCCUCAAUCAGUUAGUUAGUUUGUUUGUGUUAUUGUGUGACUUUGGUGUUUUAAAGGGUUAGAAACUGACAAACAAAGUAGACCAGCAACUCCUGUGAUUUGCUAGGUAAAAUCAAUGUUUUCGUCAAUGGAAACUGGUUUGAUUGAUGAGAGCAUAGAUGACGGCUUCAGUUCACCCUGUGUAAACUUAAAACAGGGCUGGGUGUAUUUUUGGUAUCUUUGGUUUCCCCUUGCUUCCAGUCUUAAUAAGCUUGGCUAAUCACAUCCUGACUCCAGUUUUGUACGGAGCACACAGACAUGAGAUCAAUAUUCAUCUGAACAUCUCUCACAGAGGAAGAGAAGAAAGACUAUUUACCAAAUGUUGAACUACUCUUUUAAGGUAAGGUUGAAAUUUGCUUUGAAAUUAGCUCCACGUGCUGUCUACUAAAACUACCUUGUUGAAAAAAAAGGCCAAAUUUACAAAACAAUUGAAAAUGAACGAUUACAUUUAAAAAAAACCAUUUGUCCAGAAACAAUGUCCCUCUAACACACACAUAUACAAACAAAAGUCCCUGUAACACACAUGCAAUGUCCCUGUAUCAUAUACACACAGUGUCCCUGUAAGACACAUUCCCGCCUGGAUUGUUUUUGUCGAUCACUCCAUAACACCCAACAUAAGCCUUAACUGAACAUAUUCUAUUAUUCUGUAAAUCAAAACGUUAAAAAGAAAAAAAGGAAAAGAGUAACGAGAAGAAAAGGAAAUGUGUACUGUAGCUGUUAAAUUUUUAGUCCCUCUGUUCAUUAUUUUCUGCUGUUUUUUCUUAAUAUUUCUAAUCUGAUGUCUGAGCGUGACAAUGUCAGCGAUGAACGCAUCGUGUUUUGAAAAAAAUAAAAGAAGCUUCAGACGGAGGAGGAGCUGUAAAUGGAGGAGCAGUCGUGUACAAAGUUAGCGGAGAGACUCGGACAUCUCUUGUCUUUUAGAAAUGUUUUUUAUUGUAUGUGAUUUAAAAAAAAAAAAGAACAAUGACAACAUGGAAAUUUGAAAAGCAGUUUGUGAAUAAAUUAAGUUUAUUGAGAAUUAUUUUACAAAGAAAGG